AUGUCCACAACAUCCGCAGCGCGUGUUCUGGAGAAGUUGGGUGAGGCGGCCUUGAAGCGCUUCCGAGUGGACGGCAAGUGGAAGAAGGCGCCUCUGUCUGCGCGCCAGAUCGCCAAGCUCAGGAAGGAGUGCCUGCUCCUGGGCGGGGAGUGGCCUUACGAACACGUGUGGCCCGGCACCAAGAAGCCUGUGUCGCAAAAGAAGCCUAAGGGACACAAAUGGGAAGCAGAGAAGGUGGAAAGGCAGAAGAAAAUUGAAGAGAAUAUGAAACAGAUGCCCAAGAGGAUAGCAGAGUACAAGGAGUCGCUGAAAUUGAAGAACGUGUCACUUUUAGACCAGCUGACUUUGAUGCCAAAGCAGAUCCGCCAAAAGUACAGGGGCAAGUAA